GCAUCGUAGAAAAAGAAACAGGAAUUUCGCUUCGGAAUUACCAAUAUUUCACUAUUUUCCAUCGUUAAACCAACGUUCGUUCCGAGAAUGGCCGAUGCCGAUUUGGCCCGCAAGAAUUGGGAGCUGGAGAACAACAUAGAAACCCUGCCGACGUGUGACGAAAUUUUCCGCUAUGAUGCCGAGCAGCAGCAGCGGAUUCUGGCGGCCCGUCCGUGGGACAAGGAUCCGCACUUUUUCAAGGACAUAAAAAUUUCCGCGCUGGCUCUGCUGAAGAUGGUGAUGCACGCCCGUUCGGGUGGAGCUCUAGAAGUGAUGGGACUACUUCUGGGCAAGGUAGAGGAGGAUACAAUGGUAGUGAUGGAUGCCUUUGCUUUACCGGUGGAGGGCACCGAAACUCGGGUCAACGCCCAAUCGCAAGCAUACGAGUAUAUGACGGCCUAUAUGGAAUCGGGCAAGGAGGUGGGCCGGUGUGAGAAUGCCAUCGGUUGGUAUCACAGCCAUCCGGGUUAUGGCUGCUGGCUGUCCGGAAUCGAUGUCAAUACGCAGAUGUUGAAUCAGAGCUACCAGGAACCAUUCGUGGCCAUCGUGGUCGAUCCGGUUAGGACCGUUUCUGCCGGAAAGGUUUGUUUGGGAGCGUUCCGGACAUAUCCCAAGGGAUACAAACCUCCGAACGAAGAACCGUCCGAAUACCAGACGAUUCCACUUAACAAGAUCGAAGACUUUGGUGUACACUGCAAGCAGUACUAUCAGCUGGAAGUAUCCUAUUUUAAAUCGGCUUUGGAUCGCAAACUGUUGGAUUCUUUGUGGAACAAAUACUGGGUUAAUACGUUGGGCAGCUCAGGGCUGCUAAGCAAUGCCGACUACACCACCGGUCAGAUUCUGGAUCUGUCGGAAAAGUUGGAACUGAGCGAGGCAAGCCUGGGACGUGGUCCGUUUGUGGUCACUGGAACCGAUCCGAACGAGAAACGCACGGAGGAUAAGCUCUCCAAGGCCACUCGGGACUGCAGCCGGGCUUCAAUCGAGCUGAUCCACGGCUUAAUGGCACAAAUCGCCAAGGAUAAGCUGUUCAAUACCGUCAACGUGAAGAACAACAAGUGAGCGAUCUGCUGUUUGAAAUAAUUAAUCAUCGUAAUACCUAUGCUAACGGAAGUUCAUUAAAUAUAAUCGAUUUUCUCAACAUACAAA